AUGUCGGGUACCACUAUAGAUGAUGUCGUUAAGCGACUUAGUACUGUCGAUAUCGAUGUAAGACUCAAGCUUGAAGCCGCAACUACGUUGCGCGACAGCUUGGAUCACUAUACCAGUGGACAAAUAUACCCUCCUUUCCUGAAAAGGUUGAUGCCCAUUUUCAUGGGCAUUCUAAAAGGACCAUGCACUUUCCAAAGCAACUCACCCGAGCAGAAACUCCGAAUGGUCAUACUCGAAGUCCUGCACCGAUUACCUACUCAACCCGCCCCUCCCGAACCGUUCGAGCCAUACGCCGAAGAGACCGUCGAUUUGUUGAUGCAGCUUGUACGAACCGAUAACGAAGAAAACGCAACAAUAUGUGUCAAAAUAAUAUCGGACAUCAUGCGACACCAGCACAAGGUCUUGCAGGGCAAGGUACAGCUCUUCCUCACUCUUAUACAAGAGCUCUUCGAACAGAUGGAGAAGGUUGUCCGAGAGCAACUUGACAAUGCCCCCCACAAUGCGCCAUCACAACCUGGAGCACCUUCGACACCCGGAAACUCGCAGAACUUCCAAUCACCGAGACCAGGAUCACCCGUCGCCUCCGUUAACGAACUUGGAGCAGACCCCCAACAACAGAACCGUCCACUGUUAAAGGGGAUGCAGUCUUUCAAGGUCCUGUCCGAAUGUCCGAUCAUCGUGGUAUCGAUCUUCCAGGUUUAUCGAAACACAGUGCAACAGAACGUCCGGAAAUUCGUUCCUCUCAUCCAGAAUGUAUUGUGCCUUCAAGCUUCGGCUCAGCAGGAAGCGCAUGCUGCUGCCGCGGCCAAAGGAACAAUUCAUACUGGAGUGAGUCCUGCCAUCAAGAACCGAGUCGCUUUUGCCGAUUUCAUCACGGCACAAGUCAAGACUAUGAGCUUCCUGGCAUAUCUUCUUCGUCAAUACGCCUCACACUUGAAUGACUUUCUGCCUCGUCUGCCGGACAUCGUCCUUCGGCUGCUGAAAGACUGUCCUAGAGAGAAGUCUGGCACACGAAAGGAGCUAAUAGUCGCGAUUCGUCAUAUCAUUAACUACAAUUUCCGCAAGAUCUUUAUUCCCAAGAUUGACGAGCUGUUAGAUGAGCGCACGCUAACUGGAGAUGGACUUACUGUACACGAAACCAUGAGGCCCCUGGCGUACAGUAUGCUUGCUGAUCUCAUUCAUCAUGUCCGAGACUCUCUGAAGCCAGAGCAGAUUAGGAAGACUGUUGAGGUCUAUACCAGAAAUCUACAAGACAACUUCCCUGGCACAAGCUUCCAGACUAUGAGCGCGAAACUUCUCCUGAAUAUGGCUGAAUGUAUUGCAAAGCUUCCUAACAAGGUUGACGCAAGGCACUAUCUCAUCAUGAUCCUCAAUGCUAUCGCAGAUAAGUUUGCUGCCAUGAAUCGACAGUAUCCCAAUGCUGUGAAACUCUCAGCUCUCUAUCGCGAACAGAUGAAAGCUGGCACUCCGGAGACAUAUUUGGCUGAUCAGGAUAGCCCUCCUGACUGGGACGAGACCGACAUCUUCUCCGCAGUUCCGAUCAAGACUUCUAACCCGCGAGACCGAGGCGCCGACCCCGUUGUUGACAACAAAUUCCUUUUCCGUAACCUGAUGACCGGUCUUAAGAACACGUUCUACCAGUUGAGGACAUGCAACGUCGGGUCACCUAUCGAUGCACAGAAUGCGCCCACCCACUGGCAGGAUGUAUCUUAUGGAUUCACAGCCGAGGAGGUUAAGGUCAUUAUCAAGCUUUUCCGCGAGGGCGCCUACGUUUUCAGAUAUUACGAGAUUGAGAAGCCAGCUACGGAGUCGCAAUACAUGUCACCAGUAGAGUACAUGGCCAACUUCUACAUGGUUUCGUGCAGCAAGGAGGAGAAGGACUUGCUUGAGACCUUCGCCACGGUCUUCCAUGCCAUCGAUCCGGCCACUUUCCACGAAGUGUUUCAGCAAGAGAUCCCGCGCCUUUACGACAUGAUUUUCGAACACACAGCGUUAUUGCAUAUACCCCAGUUUUUCCUUGCUAGUGAGGCGACUUCUCCCAGCUUUUGUGGUAUGCUCUUGCAAUUCCUCAUGGAGCGAAUUGAUCAGGUUGGGUCUGCCGAUGUCAAGAAGUCGUCUAUCUUGUUGAGGCUUUUCAAGCUGGCAUUCAUGGCAGUCACCUUGUUUGCCAACCAGAACGAGCAAGUUCUACUACCCCACGUUGUCAACAUUGUCACCAAGUCUAUUGAGCUGUCGACAAAGGCAGAGGAACCCAUGAAUUACUUCCUCCUCCUACGUUCGCUAUUCCGCAGUAUUGGUGGUGGUAAAUUCGAGCAGCUCUACAAGCAAAUUCUGCCUUUGCUUGAAAUGCUCUUGGAUGUACUCAAUAACCUCCUGAUGGCCGCCCGAAAGCCAACUGAGCGUGACUUGUACGUGGAGCUGUGUCUCACUGUCCCGGCACGACUUAGUCAUUUGCUGCCGCAUUUGAGCUUUCUCAUGCGCCCACUUGUUGUUGCGCUUCGUGCAGGAACAGAGCUCGUUGGGCAGGGUUUAAGAACGUUGGAGCUGUGCGUUGACAAUCUUACCGCUGACUACCUCGAUCCCAUCAUGGCGCCUGUCAUUGAUGAGCUGAUGACUGCUCUGUUUGACCAUCUCAAACCUCAUCCCUACAGUCACUUUCAUGCUCAUACCACAAUGAGGAUUCUUGGUAAACUUGGCGGCAGGAACAGAAAGUUCAUGACCGGAGCCGUGCCGCUUGCCUAUAAGGAAUAUGCCGACGAUCCGUCUGGGUUUGAUCUGAGGCUGCUUGGGUCUAAAAAGGACAGAGCUUUCCCUGCCGAUAUGGGCAUUGACUUUGCUAUCUCGAAGCUCAUGGAAUUCCCUAAGGCUACCAAGAACAACCACAACAAGCAAUACGAUGGCUACUACAAGAAGCAGGCCUUGCACUUGAUCAAAGCUCAACUGAAGCUGCGCAUCGGCUAUGACCAGCUUCCAGACGACCUCCCUCGCCUUGUACGACUUCAAGCCGAGGACCUUGUGGCGAGAAGAUACGAGAUCAACUCUGCUAGUUUCGAAGUUUCUGAUCGUGAGCGGUCUAUUCCUAAGAAGGAGAGUGAAGAUUUGGUUGUAAAGCGACUCCUCAAGGCCAUUAUGUUUGCUCACUCCUUCCCCGAGUUCAAGGAAGAGGCAAGUGCAUUCUUGCUGAACGUCUGCAAACAUUUCGCCAUUAUUGAAAUUGGCAGAGCUCUGGUGGAUUUGAAGCGAAAUUUCAGUCCUUUUGACCCCAAUGCCGGCGAAGGCCCUCUGCAUAUCGAUACGCGCAAUCUUUCCGAUGCUAUUGUCGAGUCGCUAGCAUCUGAUCACCCUGAUGUACGCGAGGCAGGCAAGGGUGCGAUUCGGGAAAUGUACGACUCUACAGCAAUUAUCUUUGGCUCAGAAAGCGACGUUGGUAAACUCCCAUUCUUUAGCCAUCUGAGCAGCACGUUCUGCCACAGCUGCUACGAAGAGGAAUGGUUCACCAAGACUGGUGGUAGCCUGGGAAUCAAUUAUUUGCUCACCGAGCUUGACUUUGGCGACACGUGGAUCACCUCCAAGCAAACCGAGUUCAUACGUGCUCUGACCUAUGUCGUCAAGGACAUGCCCCAAGACCUUCCUGAAAAGACACGUUGCUUAGCACAAACGAGUCUGGAGGUUCUCCUGGAGCGUAUUACCAAAGACAUCACAAAGGAGGAUGCACUGCCUAUCGCACAGCAACAAGGUCAACCGCCAAGUGCUCAACCUAAGCAGCCCCGGCUUUCCCAAAUCUGUCAACAAUUCGGAAAUGAUCUUUAUCACAUGAACAAGCACGUUCGCGAGACAGCGAAGCACUCACUCGACCUAAUUGCAAAGGCCGCGAAAUGUGAGGUUUGGGAGUUGCUCGAAUCUUGCAAGGAUAAAAUCCUGCAGCCCAUUUUUGCCAAGCCAUUGCGAGCAUUGCCAUUUAGCAUCCAGAUUGGCUACAUCAACGCCAUGACGUACCAUAUGGGCUUGAAGAAUGACUGGGUUCCAUUCGACGAGAAUCUCAACCGUCUUCUCAUGGAAUCUUUGGCUCUUGCGGAUGCUAGUGACGAAUCUCUGGCCAAUAAGCCUGCAGAGUUCCGUACACAUGAGCAUAUUGUCAACCUUCGAGUUUCGUGUAUCAAACUCCUGACAACUGCCAUGACCUUUGAGGAGUUCUCGAACCAACCCACAAAGACAAAGAUUCUUGGCGUCUUCUUUAAGUGUUUGUACUCGGAAUCAAAGCCCACCAUCACUGCUGCGAAUGAUGCUUUGAAGUCAGUUCUAUCGGUAGAUAGGCGUCUUCCCAAAGAACUUCUUCAGGGUGGUCUUCGACCAGUGCUGCAAAGCCUCUCUGAUCCUAAGCGCCUCAGUACGGCGGGUCUUGACAAUCUAUCUAGGUUAUUGAAGCUUCUCACGUCUUACUUUAAAGUCGAAAUUGGUGCUCGUCUACUGGAACAGAUCGACUCGAUAGUCGAGCCUAGUGCUUUGCAGCAAAUAUCUUUUACCUUCUUCGACCAACAUCCUCAAAUGAAGAUCAUUACUGCUAUUCUGAAUAUCUUUCACUUACUACCCGCCCCCGCUGAAGCUUUUAAAGAACGCUUGAUCGAUUGCUUCCUUGGGCUGGAAGAAAAGUUACGUCGGACUCAGCUUAGCCCCUUCCGCCUUCCCAUCUACAGAUUCAUGAACAGGUAUUCAAAGGAGAUUUGGGCUUACCUUUUCGGCAAAGUGGAAGACCUCAAGUAUGGACGACUAUUGGCGCAGGUCCUCGGUCAUCCUGACAGCCAGGCUCUACGAGAGGUUGCAACCGAGAACAUUGAUAAUCUGGUCACCCGUUGCAACGAGUUGAUAAGUCAAAAUAACGAGGCCAAGUUCAUUGCCAUGGUCAAUGCAAUCCACAUCUUUGAGUCUCUCAGCCAAUUCCCUAACGCGGAGAAGUGGAUGGACAAGAAGGAGCAUCUUGACUGGCUUAAGAAUAUUGGCAAGGAACUGGAGAAGCAUCUUCGUCAGCACACCCUUCCAGCUCACCUCCGACUACCGGCGUACCAAGCUGCGGAGCAACUCAUGACCAUUCUUGUCAAGUCACUUGAGAGGGCACCAAAAGACUUGGAUCCUCUUUUCAACCUGAUCGAAUGCGUUACUUCUGAUGAGCUUCGCAAUACGCAGGAACUUUUCUCUCUUAUCUACAGGAGAAUUAUCUGCAGUGACGCGGUCGACUUCUGGAAGACAACAGUGCUUCGCUGUCUGGACACCUACUCCGGCAAGUCUGCAUCAAAUAAGAUGAAGUACUUCCUGUUGCAUUACAUUGUCAACCCGAUCGUCGCUAUGGAUGUCAUGCGCAACUGGGGUCAUCUUGACCAGAACAGAAGUCCUCGACUAAUGGACAGAGCUGUCAUUGACGCUGUGAGCAGCAAAAUCUGGAAGGUUCACCCAGAAAUGACGAUGGAUGACCAAGCACAGCCUGGCAUUGACCACACUCGUUACGAGGUCUUGCAGCUUUCUGCAAUGCUGGUCAAGUACUAUCACACCCCUCUUCAAGAUGCCAGGAAAGACAUCAUUAAGUUCGGUUGGACCUUCAUCCGCUUAGAGGAUGUGAUCAACAAACAUGCCGCUUAUGUGGUCAUUGGUUACUUCAUUGCGCACUACGAAACCCCUCCGAAGAUUGUGACUCAGGUGUAUCUAUCACUCUUGAAGGCCAACCAGAACGAGGGCCGGGCUUUGGUAACACAAGCGUUGGAACUUAUUGCGCCUAUGUUGCCAAAGCGAUGCGGACUUGGCCAGAAUGAGCGUAACGCGCCUUGGGCAGUUGCGCCUCGUCGAAUCCUUGCAGAUGAAGGACAAAACGCCCAGCAGAUGACCAGUAUCUUUCAUUUCCUCGUUCGUCACCCAGAUCUUUUCUAUGAAGCUCGAGAUAAGUACAUCAGCUUGAUGAUUACUUCGUUACGGAAACUUGCCACUCCACAAAAUGCAUCUCAUGAAUCCAAGAGACUUUGCCUUAAUAUGAUGUGGCUCAUCUGGACAUGGGAAGAGCGACGCGUUGAAGGAAAGUCCCCUGCAUCUGGCUCAAGGGCCCUCUCCCUGUCUCCCAACACGAAGAAGAGGAAGGCAGAUGGAGAACAGGCGAACGCCUCCCAGGCUCCAGCGCGAGUCGAGUACCAGAUCCCGCCUCUGUACCGGCUCAAGAUGAUCAAGUACCUAGUUGAAUUUAUUGCUCAGCUGAAUGAGCGCUAUGAACUCCCUUCAGCCAAGCCAAGGGACCAAGUCUCGUCAUCGAUUCCUCCAGUGCCAUUGGCACUUACCGAUCUUUGCAAGAAGGCCAUGAAGCUGCUUUACAACUUGGUGCAGCCACAGUACUGGGGCGACCUUGAUCUGGACUUAUUCCCUAAUGUCACACAUGUGAUCUUGGCAAGUGAACGAACUCAGACUAUCCUUACCGCUGAUCCUUCCGACAAGGAGAAGUUCGACGAGAAGUUCCUCACCAACAUCAUUAACACCCUUCAAGUCGUUCGUAUUGUACUCAACUCCAAGUCGGACGAAUGGAUUCAGAAGAACAUGCCAUCUAUUCAGAAGGUGUUAGAAAAGUGCCUCAAGUCGGAGAACCCCGAGAUUCAGGACUGCCUCCAUCUUUCUGACAAGAAGUUCGACGACAACCGCGAGCUGCGAUCAAUCAUCAAGCGCAUCCUGGAUUCUGUGCCUGAUGACACCCCCAUGGAAGACGCUGACGCUGAUGGCGAGACCGAGACACAGACAUCAGAAAUCGUCGCUUACCUGUCUCAGCUUGCGACGGAAGCAAUGAAUAGCAGCAAUUAUACUUCGGGUGUGAACAUUCUUUGGUCUCUUGGCCAGCGAAAGCCCAAUGUCAUUGACCAGCAUAUUCCGUCACUGAUGAAGGCACUUCAAUCUAAGCAUGCCAAGGAGCACGUGCAGCACUAUAAUGCUGUAGCAAACCAGGCUGCUGGUGUGAAUAACAGGAACCAAGACCCCAACACUCCGAGCGGGGAGAUGUCUGCUUAUGAUCUUGAAAUUCAGACAAAGAUCAUGAUCAAGGAGAUACAGGUUGUUGCUCUUCAGAUGGAGGUUCUGGGUGAUUCUCGUCGACCUUUCCUCAGCGUCCUCGCAACUCUGGUGGAAAAGUCCAUGUCUAUCGAACUCUGCGAAGAGAUUUUGAACAUGGUUGAGGGAUGGGUAUUCCGUUCAGAAGGCACAUGGCCAACCCUUAAGGAGAAGACGGCCGUUCUUCACAAGAUGCUAUCCUUCGAGCACCGACAGGACCCAACCAUGCUGUCCAAGUUCCUGGACCUCGUCAUUCGCAUUUACGAGGACCCCAAGAUCACGCGCACCGAACUCACAGUCCGUAUGGAGCAUGCAUUCCUUAUCGGUACCCGUGCAGCAGACGUUGAGAUGCGCAACCGCUUCAUGGCCAUCUUCGACAAGAGUCUGUCUAAAUCGGCUAGCGCUCGUCUAUCCUACGUUCUCACCUCACAGAACUGGGAUACACUCUCCGACUCGUACUGGCUUGCCCAAGCUAGUCAUCUAUUGCUGGGUGCCGUAGAGACAAAUGCCAACAUUCAGCUCUACCAGUCUGACUUUAAGACCAUGCCCAUUUCCCGCUUGUUGACCAUGUUCACCAAGGAAAUGGAGGCCCGAGAACCCACAACCAUCAUCGAUGACAAGUUUGAGUCUUUCAUGGCCACUCAUCGCCGCUUUGUGAUGGAACUUGGUGACACCAAGGUGAAGGAUGUAAUUGAACCACUGGCACAACUCCAACACGUCGACUCCCAGCUUGCCCAUAACCUCUGGGUGACUCUGUUCCCAAUCUACUGGUCGUCUGUUGCAAAGGAUGACCGAGUUGAUUUGGAACGUGGUAUUGUGGCCCUCCUCACCAAGGACUACCACAGCCGUCAAAUCGACAAGCGACCCAACGUGAUUCAGUCAAUCCUCGACGGUGCUGCCAAAACCUGGCCCGAGUGCAGGAUCCCGCCACACGUGCUCAAAUACGAGGCAAAGACAUACGAUGCCUGGUACACGGCUUUGAUCCAACUGGAAAAUGCCGCCAUCAAACCCCAAGUCGAGUCUGCUAAUGUUCGUGAAAGUAACCUCGACGCUCUUGUCGAGCUCUAUGCCGCACUUCAGGAGGACGAUUUGUUCUAUGGUACGUGGAGGCGGCGAUGCCAAUUCGUUGAAACCAAUGCCGCUCUGUCUUACGAGCAAAAUGGCAUGUGGGACAAGGCCCAGAAGCUGUACGAGAACGCUCAAAUCAAGGCCAGAACAGGCGUGAUACCAUUCUCCCAAGCUGAGUACAUGCUCUGGGAGGACCACUGGGUUCUAUGUGCACAGAAACUGCAACAAUGGGAGAUCCUCCAAGAUUUUGCCAAGCACGAGAAUUUCCAGGAUCUUCUUCUUGAGUGCGCUUGGCGAAAUACGGACAUGUGGCAGGAUGAGCAACACCGGGAGGCUUUGGACAACAUCAUUAAGGGUGUAAUGGAUGCUCCAACACCCCGCAGAGCCUUCUUCCAAUCCUUCAUGUCACUUCUCAAGUUCCACAAUGGUCAGGAACCCACCACCGAUUUUGCGCGUGUCUGCGAUGAAGCAAUCCAGCUCUCGAUUCGCAAGUGGCACCAACUGCCUGAGCGCUUGACCAACGCUCAUGUUCCUCUUCUCCAGAACUUCCAACAGCUGGUCGAGCUUCACGACGCUAGUGUUAUCUGCCAGAGUCUUGCCAACACCAACCAGUCUAACCUCGACGUCAAGUCUGGUGAGCUUAAGUUGCUUUUGGGCGCGUGGCGUGACCGCUUGCCCAACGUUUGGGACGAUAUCACUGCUUGGCAAGAUCUUGUCACUUGGAGACAGCAUAUCUUCAGUCUCAUCAACCAAACGUAUCUGCAGUUGCUGCCUCAACAGGGCGCACAGAACGCGGGAGGAGCUAGUUCCUUUGCCUACCGGGGUUACCAUGAGACUGCCUGGAUCAUCAACAGAUUCGCUCAUGUUGCUCGCAAGCACAACCUUCCCGAGGUUUGCAUUAACCAGUUGAGCCGCAUCUACACCCUUCCCAACAUUGAGAUCCAGGAAGCUUUCUUGAAGCUUCGCGAACAAGCCAAGUGUCACUACGAAAAUCCCGAGGAGCUUUCCAGCGGUCUGGACGUAAUCAACAACACGAAUCUCAACUACUUCAGCCCGCCCCAGAAAGCGGAGUUCUACACUCUUAAGGGAAUGUUUUUGGAGAAGCUCAAACAAAAGGAUGAGGCAGAUUCAGCUUAUGGAACAGCGCUGUAUUUCGACAUCGGUGCUGCAAAGGCUUGGGCUGAAUGGGGCUACUUCAACGAUCGUAAAUUUAAGGAAGAUCCAACGGACUUGAAUGCAGCACGCCAGGCACUUACCUCAUACUUGCAAGCCGCAGGGAGCUACAAGAACGCUAAAUCACGAAAGCUUCUUGCCCGAAUCCUCUGGCUUCUUAGCUUGGAUGACUCCAAGGGUACCAUUGCACUGGGCUUCGAUGACUUCAAGGGAGAAACACCUGUGUGGUACUGGAUUACAUUCAUUCAACAGCUGAUCACGGGUCUCGGUCACAAGGAAGCGCCUCGUGUCUUCCAGCUCCUUCUCAAGAUCGCCAAAUCUUAUCCUCAGGCGUUGUACUUCCAGCUCCGAACCAAUCGUGAGGAUUUGUUGGUUAUCAAGAAGAACCAGGAAGCGAGGGACAGGCAAGCCAGACAACGCGCGCAAUCGACCAACUCUAACGGAAAGGCAAGCGCGUCUCCGUCCAUGGCUAAGCAGGAACCUCCUAGGCCUGGGACAUCAUCUUCUCGUCCCGGGACUGCAAACGCAGCGGACGGCACACCGGUUAAGGCUGAGGGUGAAGCCAAUGGCAACGCUGCAGGUACCCCAGCACCACCUACCAACGGACAAACUCCUGAUCCCUCCAAGGCUGCACAAAAGCCAACACCUCAGCCUGGACAGCCCGGACAGCCCCAAAAGAAACCUCCGUGGGACUACACUGAAGAGGUCAUGUCGGUUCUCAAGACGGCUUUCCCACUCUUGGCUCUUUCGAUGGAGACAAUGGUGGAUCAAAUCCAGAAGAACUUUAAGUGCCCUCCUGACGAGGAUGCCUAUCGACUGAUUGUCGCCCUUCUUAACGACGCUCUGGCGUAUGUUAGUCGAACACCUCCUUCUUUUGCUAAGAGCGUCAAGCUUCCGGCGGCAACCGAACUAAACAUUACUCGUUUCGCCGAAACGAUACUACCAAGUCACAUCAAGAAGUCGUUCGAAGCAGAUUUUGUCACUGUCAAGCCGACAAUGUAUGAGUACAUCUACAAGUUGCGUCGUUGGCGAAACAAGUUUGAGGAGAAGUUGGACCACAGAGUGCCUCGCGCCUCACUUGAAAACUUCUCCCCUCAUUUGAGCGAGUUCAGAUACAGCAAGUUCGACGAGGUCGAAGUCCCCGGCCAAUACCUGCAACAUAAGGACAAGAACCAGGACUUCAUUCGUAUCGAUCGCUUCCUACCAAACAUCGAUCUUGUUCGCUCUAUCAGUGCGUCUUAUCGCCGUAUCAAGAUGCGUGGACAUGAUGGCAGUAUUCACACAUGGGCCAUUCAACACCCUGCAGCCAGACACUGCCGACGAGAGGAGCGUAUCUUGCAGCUUUUCCGGUCGCUCAACCAGACACUGGGCCGUAAGAAGGAGAGCCGGCGUCGCGACUUGCAGUUCACGAUACCGAUUAUGGUUCCGUUCGCACCGCACAUUCGACUUGUUCAGGAAGACACGUCCUACACUACGCUGCAAGGAGUCUAUGAGGAUCAUUGCCGUAACAUGGGCAUGUCCAAGGAUGAUCCUGUUUUGUUCACGAUGGAGAAGCUCCGGGGUGCCCUCGAGAGCAAGAGCUCGAACAAACCUGAGCAGGCAGCAACAGCUCGAUUGGAGGUUUUCAACGCCAUCCAAGAGAAAUGGGUUCCAUCCACAGUGGCAAUCGAGUACUUCCAGAAAGUGUUCCCACAGUUUGCCGAGUUCUGGCUGUUCCGUCGCCAGUUCUCAUACCAGCUUGCGGCGUUGACAUUUAUCACGUACAUUAUGUACAUGCAUAAUCGUUAUCCGCAGAAGAUUAAUAUCUCCAGGGCCACGGGUAAGGUUUGGGGGUCUGAAAUGAUGUCCUACAUGAGCGCCAACAAACCCUUUUUCCACAACCCAGAGCCGGUACCAUUCCGACUUACACCCAACCUACAAACACUGAUGGGACCACUCGCUACUGAAGGCAUCUUUGCAUGCUCGCUGAUGGCUAUCGCACGAUGCUUGACGGAGCCUGAGUACGAGUUGGAGCACGCACUGACAUUGCUCGUGCGUGAUGAGAUGCUGUUCUGGUUUACAGGCAGCCAUAGAAACGGAGCAAUUACAGAGAGCCAACUUAGGGAUUCUGUGCAGGUCAACAGCGACUCGAUUGUCAAGCGGGCACUCAGCCUGGCCCACAACCCUGUUGGCAACUUGCCCGCAAACCAGACGGUGAUCGAUGCUAUCGCCAAGGCUGUUAACCCCAUGAACUUGGCACAGUGCGAUGCCUUGUGGAUGCCGUAUCUGUAA